UCAAACUUCGCAGGUGCCCCAAGGAAAACAAGAUCUGUUAACGAGUUCAUGUUAUCCUUAGGUAACAUUGCAAAUUGUUGCAUAGGAGUAAGAUUGAUUAUAACUACCUGACUACUUAUAUGUCAUUGUGGUGCCAGUUCUGAUCUACCAUGAGUCAGUUCACAGAGCUGCGUGGUUUGUACCACCUUAGGGAAACCAUUGGAUCAGGUGGAUUUGCAAAGGUGAAGUUAGCAUACCAUGCACUCACUGGAGAAAAAGUUGCCAUCAAGAUCAUGGACAAACGAUCUCUUGGAGAAGAUUUACCGAGAGUGAAAACCGAGAUAGAAGCCAUGAAGGACCUAUGUCAUCAACACAUUUGUAAACUUUACCAAGUGAUUGAGACAGAGACCAAGUUUUUCAUGAUUUUAGAGUAUUGUCCGGAGGGAGAGCUGUUUGAUUACAUUGUAUCUAAAGACAAGCUGUCAGAGGAAGAGGCCAGGAUAUUCUUCAGACAAAUUGUUUCUGCUGUAGCAUACAUACACAAUCGAGGAUAUGCCCACCGGGAUCUGAAACCAGAAAAUUUGUUAUUAGACGAGGAUCAGAAUUUAAAACUUAUCGACUUCGGUUUAUGUGCAAAACCUAAGGGAGGUAUGGACAGUCAGCUAUACACCUGUUGUGGAAGUCCAGCUUACGCUGCCCCAGAGCUUGUGUCGGGGAGGGAGUAUCUGGGAUCUGAGGCUGAUCUGUGGAGUAUGGGAAUUUUACUGUAUGCCUUACUCUGUGGUUAUCUUCCCUUUGAUGAUGAUAAAAUCCCAUCCUUGUAUAAAAAGAUACAGAGUGGGAAAUAUGAGACUCCAUCAUGGUUGUCAGAGGAAAGUAAAUCGCUGAUAACCUCAAUGUUACAAGUCGACCCUAAAAAACGAGUCACGAUACGAAACCUUCUCAACCACUCCUGGCUUAUGAGUGAGGUUCAGUGCCCCGUGGAAUGGCAAAGUAAAUAUAAGAGGUGCCUUGAUGAAGACUGCAUUACAGAGUUGGCUGUGCAUUAUGGAAAGACAAAGAAAGAAAUGGAAGCAGCUGUUUCUGAGUUUAAGUUUGAUUACCUAACAGCCACAUACUUCCUCCUUCUUGAAAAGAAAAUGAAAGGACGACCUGUCAGACUUCUAAAUAAAGUCAGGCAUGAUGGAUCAAGCCGGGAAAAGAGAAGUCACAGUGCGGAUGAUGCAGCCUGUUAUGAACUUGUGUAUUCGCCAAGACUGGCAGCAUCAGAAAGAAUAGAAUCUCCUGUGAACCACAGCAACAGAAAAGACCUCGGGCCCCGCCCCACAACCUACGGGGGCUGUGAGGACAGGGGAAGAAUUAGAGCCCGAGAGAGACUUCCAUUCUCAUCUAAAGAGGAACAGGAAAAUGAGAAAAACUCUGUUAUUUCUAGACAGAAGAGUAAAGAUGACAAAGAAAACUUUGCUGUUCCUCUGACUCCAGGUAUAAAGACUCCGAAACCAAAAACUGCAAAGACGCCUUAUCAACAGCUGCUGAUACCACCAUCUAAACCUAGGUCACCUCUAAUGGCCAAACAGUUAAUACCCACAUCACUUGAUGAUACAUUAUCCCCAGGUAAAGCAGACAGUUCAGUAAUAAAUACAACCCUUUCUCCCUCUCGAUCUUAUGAUUCUCAGCUCAAUAGACUACCAGAGCAACUAACACCACUUAGUGCAAACAAAAGAAAACGUGUGAUAAACUCUAAUAGGGCUGCCUCUGCUGACGGACUAGAAGGCGAUUUCACCCCCAAAUCCAGGAAAGCCUCGGUGUUCGGAAGUUUAGAGAGGAUGUUUAAUAUGCUGACCCCCAAAAAACAGAACAAGUCAACUUCUGAUGGCCCUAGGAAAGUCAAGGCUUUACACAACAUAUUCCGAACAAAUGAAACCAAUUCUGAGUUUGUGUUAGGAAGACUAAAGGAGGUGGUGGAGGAGAAAUGUAUACCCUACAAACAGAGCGAUUACACACUUCGCUGCACAGUGAUGAGUGACUGGUCCCGCGUACAACUGGCCUUUGACCUUGAGAUCUGUACUUUACCCAAGGUUCCUUACAUAGGAAUCUGUAGGAAGAGGGUAAAAGGAGACACCUGGCAUUAUAAGAAGCUCUGUGAAGAUAUACUAGCUUCCUGUAAACUGUAAGUCUUAUCCUGGAAAUAAAACUUGGUUGUGAUUAAUCUCAGUUCUCUACAAAGUGGGAAACAGAUAGGACCCAAGGGAAGG